AGAAGAGGAAGCUAUUCUUUCGAUUUAAACAGCUCUUUGGAAAAAAAAAUAUAUAUAGGCUAUAACCUAACCUUAGCCGACCUCUCACAACUUCCCACUACCUUUUUACAAUUGUAUGAUUACCUGCUACUGUAGAGCAGGUCUUCAAGUCAUAACUUCUACUGAAGAUGCAUAAGAUAUAUCACUAUGCUGAUUUGGGUUGGGCAGUGUAUGUGAUGGCCAGUUUAGCCCUAUCCGAUAGUCUACUAAUAAUCCAAGCAGAAUGCAAUGAAGAUGUCUCUAUGAAGUGUGAAGCUGUCCAGGAUAAGAGCUAUCGAUCUGUUACAUGGUAUAAGCUGAACAACCAGACUGGUAUUAUCAGAAGAAGUAACGGUGAGAAGCCAUAUCCCUUUAGAUUUCCCCGACCUGCUAGGUUUGGACCAAUGGACAGUCUAGUUCUUCCCAGAGCCAGGCCUGAGGAUGCAGGGACAUACCAGUGUCUCAUCAGGGCCAACAUAGGACAGACUAACAGAGAUUCAAAGGUCACCCUCAAUGUAUCUACAGAUUGUGUGAUCCAUACUACAGUGGCAGUGACAGCAUGGCAGAACGUGACUUACACUACCCCAAUGUGUCUCAUACAAUUGGUUGAGGUCUCUGUCAUAUGGACUUUAUGUGGAUUCUUGAUUCUGGGCCUUGUCAAAAUCGCUCUGUGUCUCAUCUCUAUGGGGGUUGUUCGAAAUAUCAAGAGGAGUCAUAGCAGGAGAAAAAAACAACAACAGUGGUAAAGAAAAUCUUGGUCUCAAAGCCACGUUAGGAGCGCAGCGAUCUCAAGAACUGCUGGAUGUUAGGUCUCUGGAAACAUUUGUUAAGCUGCGUUAACACAUGCAGACCAAUUCUGAUUUGUUUCCCCGAUCACAUCAGAUCUUUUCACAUCAGAUAUUUUUCAGCACUGAUUGAAUUGGUCAAAAAUAUCAGAAUUGGGCUACCUGUGUAAACACAGCCCUAGAGAGUUCACUAUGUCACCUGGAUAAAAGUUUACAUUUGUGACAGAUGCAAUCACUUUAAAGUAAAGCCAAACAAUGUAAUGAAAGGUGUAAAUAUCUGCUUCAAAUAUAUUUCUGCUUUGUUUUGCUAAAAUCUUGCAGUAAUUCACUGAGCAGCUUUCCAGCAAAUGCAGUUCUGUAUACUUAUUGUAGACCCUACUUAUCACAGACUACCGUAUCGAUUUUAUUCUGCCAAUACUGGAGUUGAUGAGUGAAGAUGCAUUGUUUUGAUUUUCCUUCCAACGACUUUGUGAAAACUUUGAUGCUGAUGAGGUAUGAUUCAUGUCCAGAAUAGCCAGUAGCCCCUGCUGAUUGUGCCUUAUUGAGUAAACUCAACGCUGUUCAAACAGCAGGAUGCUGUGAGGACAACUUAGGGCAGGGGUUCUCAAACUUUUUGGCCCACAACCUAAUUUUGAUAUCUGAAAAUUCUUGCAACCCCCAAUCAUGUGAAAAAUUAUGUAAAAUGAUGUAAUUAACAGCCAAUGUUUACUUUUUUACUUGGGGCUAAUGGCAGUCAAUUGAAUAACAUUCUAACAGUAUUUCUGAUUGUCUUCUCAACUCACCAUCACAUACUUUUAAUGUGGGGCUAAUGACAGUCAAUUGCAAGUUAGUCUGACAUAACGUAUCUUAUCUCACCACCACUAAUGAGAUGGAUGUGUUUGAUGCAUGUCGAGUCGGAGCUACUCAAAGUCAGGGGACGUGGUCAACAGCGCACACCGCAUCUCUGCUGUCACAUCCAACCUGGAUCAAUAUUUGGUUUUAAUGCAGACGAGAGCACUGAAACCAGCUUCACACACAUAUUAGGUGGCGAAGAGUAGCCUACCAUGAGUUUUAUGGUGUUUUCAAGACAACUGGGAACUCAGAAAAGUACGAGGUCAAAUCAUGACGUCAGUGAUUGUUAGGUCCGAAAGUUGGAGCUCUAGAAAAUUGGAAUUGCCAGUUGGAGCACUUUUCUUUCCAUGUUCCUAGUUGUCUUCAACGCACUGAAGUCGGACAUUUCCGAGUUCCCAGUUCAUAGUUCCCAGUUGUUUUGAACUCGACCAUUAAUGCUCAGAGGGAGACGGUAGGGUAUUCCCUUUGAGUCAGGAACCAAAACACCUCUGUAGUGAACUUGAAUGCAUUGUCUUCAGCAUUCGGUCACAUAACAGUUCAUCAGCGGUUCAAUUUCACUUACCAGCAUGUCAACUGAGCCAGGGUCACAGUCAAACGAAUUGGGAAGUACAGUAAGUCCCAAAGUGCUCUUCGAAGCGUUGGAGGUAAACAGUCAUCACUCGUGUGGGACACUUACUGAUGCUGUUUUCGGUUAUUUUCUUUUAAUUACACAGAAAGUCAACCAAGUCUGUAUUCUUUAGAUCCGUUGUGAAUGACAGUACCUCUCUUAAUAUGAAAAAUCUUUCCAAAAUGUGAAAUAGAACAUUGUCAUGCUCUGAUCCAAUAUCUUCAUGUAGUUUUCUGAACAGGUGUACAAGUACAAGGACCUGGUUUGAUGUAGUUUACAAUUAAAGUUACCUGCUGCAGUAAAUUCUGUGCUCAGCUCUUUUGCCGCCAGUUGCUCUCGGUAUAUCAUACAAUGGUCCAUAUGGCAGAGGGAGAUCCAUUCAUAACCAGAGUGCAGAGGCCUGCCUGCCGUCCCGCCGUAGAUGGAGCCCCAUCUUUGCAAAAGCCCACCAUUCAAUCCCAUAUGGAAUCUGUUUUCAUCAAUACUGCCAUGCAGCACACUGAAAUCCUCUAUGCCGUUUCAUGCUCUGGAAUCGUGAGAAAGAACAAUAUGUCCUUGUGAAUAGCAUCCCCCGAAAUGUAUAGGGAACAAAAGUCAAUGCGUGGGCAACUCGGCCCUCACAGCUAACAUCCAUUUGGAGAACAUAAGCCAGGGUGUUUGAGUCGUUCAGUCAGAGUUUCCUCUUGAUUGCUAGCAAUAGCAUACAGUGCCUUGCGAAAGUAUAGUUUUUGAUUUGUUAAAAAAGUUUGAAAUAUCCAAUAAAUGUCGUUCCACUUCAGAAUUGUGUCCCACUUGUUGUUGAUUCUUCACAAAAAAAUAUAAUUUUAUAUCUUUAUGUUUGAAGCCUGAAAUGUGGCAAAAGGUCGCAAAGUUCAAGGGGGCCGAAUACUUUCGCAAGGCACUGUAACUUCUUAAUUUAACAGUGUUAUCUUUGACAACAGUAUUGAUGUGUGUUUCUGUGCCUCUGCCUCUGCCUCCCCACACAUUGUUUUCACCAUAUCCAUUGCAGCCGGUAAAAUCAAAGUCUCUGCUAUAGUGUGUGGUUUCACAGCAUAGUGGGCCUAGCCAUUCACCGUUGGAAUGAUUCAAGUGUGGCCUUUCCCAUGGUCUAAGGGCACUCCCUGGCUCAAUUUCAUCGUUAGAAUUGAAUACUUUUCAUUUAGGUUUUUAAGGUUAAGCACAUUUCAAUGAUUUUGAGAUACAAAGAAGAUAUUACAAUAUACACUAUAUACACAAAAGUAUGUGGACACCCCUUCAAAUUAGUGGAUUUGGUUAUUUCAGCCACCCCGUUGCUGACAGGUGUAUAAAUUGAGCACACAGCCAUGCAAUUUCAUAGACAAAAAUUGGCAAUAGAAUGGCCUUACUGAAGAGCUCAGUGACAUUCAACGUGCCACCGGUAUAGGAUUUCACCUCUCCAACAAGUCAGUUCGUCUAAUUUCUGCCCUGCUAGAGCUGCCCCGGCCAACUGUAAGUGCUGUUACUGUGAGGUGGAAAGGUCUUGGAGCUACAAAAGCUCACCCAUGAAGUGGUAGGCCACACAAGCCCACAGAACGGGACCACUGAGUGCUGAAGCGCGUACUGCGUAAAAAUAUUCUGUCCUCGGUUGUAAUACUAACUACCUUGUUCCAAACUGCCUCUGGAAGCAAUGUCAGCGCAAGAACUGUUCUUCGGGAGCUUCAAGAACUGGGUUUCCAUGGCCAAGCAACCGCACACAAGCCUAAGAUCACCAUGCGCAGUGCAAAGCGUUGGCUGGAGUGGUGUAAAGCUCUCAUUGGACUCUGGAGCAGUAGAAAUGCAUUAUCUGGAGUUAUGAAUCACGCUUCACCAUCUGCCAGUCUUACAGACGAAUCUGGGAUUGGCGGAUGACAGGAGAACGCUACCUGCCCGAAUGUAUAGUGCCAACUGUAAAGUUUUGUGGAGGAGGAAUAAUAGUCUGGGGCUGUUUUCAUUGUUCUGGCUAGGCCCCUUAGUUCCAGUGAAGGGAAAUCUUAACGCUACAGCAUACAAUGAGAUUCUAGAUGAUUCUGUGCUUCCAAAUUUAUGGCAACAGUUUGGGGAAUGCCCAUUCCUGUUUCAGCAUGACAAUGCCCCUGUGCACAAAGUGAGGUCUAUACAGAAAUGGUUUGUUGAGAUCAGUGUGGAAGAACUUGACUGGCCUGCACAAAGCCAUGACCUCAACCCCAUUGAACACAUUUGGAAUGAAUUGGAACGCCGACUGCGUGUCAGGCCUAACCGCCAACAUCAGUGCCCAACCUCACUAAUGCUCUUGUGGCUGAAUGGAAGCAAGUCGCCACAGCAAUGUUCUGGUGGAAAGCCUUCCCAGAAGAGUGGAGGCUUUUAUAGCAGUAAAGGGGGGACAAACUCAAUAUUAAUACCCAUGAAUUUGAAAUUAGAUGUUUGACUAGCAGGUGUCCACAUACUUUUGGUC